AUGAUUAUAGCUAGACCUACCCACCACUCAAUCUUUAGGGUUUCAUCUAUUCUUUGGCAGAGACUUCCGACCCUGGCAUCACUUACUCCGCUGCCAAUUGUGACCGACAACAGCCAGCCCACCUGCUCCGUGGCUCUUCCGCAGUUCCGUCUCCCUUCGCCACAGACCCGCCCGCUUUGGCUUUCGGGCACAACUCAACCCGUGUCACCAUCCUCGACUAAAUGGGCAAAGAACCGUUUGUUCGCUUCUCCAAUAGCGAGUCCGGGUCAUGGAAACGGCCUUGGCGAUACCCUUAAUUUUGUGACCCAGCGCUCCUUGUCCAGCAUGAGCGCUGGACAACGGCUGUCCAGAAGUUUUCCCCUUAUAGGUCACCGAACCAGCUUCCUUUUGAGGUCAGAUGACUUGCAACCUUUAGUAAAACUCUAG